GCUGUUAUUGGUCGGUUGUCUCGGUGCUGUCGUAAAGGCUGUCCGCUGCUCUGUCACCGUCACAUAUAAAAACACAGUCACCGGGGCGGCGGAUUUAGCCCAAACACCGGAGAAUAAAGCUUUACCGCCACGGGAGUCACCUUAACACACAGGAUGCCUGGAUCAGCCGCAAACAGCUGUUUGGGACCAUGGCCCAAAGAUGUGGGUAUCAUCGCCAUGGAGCUGUACUUCCCCUCCCAGUACGUGGAGCAGUCAGAGCUAGAGCAGUUUGACGGCGUGGCGGCGGGUAAAUACACGGUGGGGCUGGGUCAGGCUCGGAUGGGGUUCUGCUCGGACUGUGAAGACAUCAACUCGCUGUGCCUGACGGUGGUUCAGAGGCUGAUGGAGAGGAACAACCUGUCCUACGACAGCGUGGGCCGGCUCGAGGUCGGCACGGAGACCAUCAUUGACAAGUCCAAGUCGGUGAAGACCGUCAUCAUGCAGCUGUUUGAGGACUCGGGGAACACAGACGUGGAGGGAAUCGACACCACCAACGCCUGCUACGGAGGCACCGCUGCUCUCUUCAACGCCGUCAACUGGGUGGAGUCCAGCUCCUGGGACGGUCGGUAUGCGCUGGUGGUGGCGGGGGACAUCGCCGUCUACGCCACAGGGAGUGCUCGGCCUACGGGGGGCGCCGGAGCGGUGGCCAUGCUGGUCGGGCCGAACGCUCCGCUGGCCUUUGAACGAGGUCUGAGAGGAACACACAUGCAGCACGCCUAUGACUUCUACAAACCCGACCUGAUGUCUGAGUACCCGGUGGUGGACGGGAAGCUGUCCAUAGAGUGCUAUCUGAGCGCGCUCGACCGCUGCUACUCGGUGUACAGGAACAAGAUCCAGGCCCAGUGGCAGAGAGAGGGUGUGGAGAAGCGCUUCAGCCUGGAGGACUUUGGUUUCCUGGUCUUCCACUCUCCCUACUGUAAACUGGUGCAGAAGUCUUUAGCUCGCCUCAUGCUCAACGACUUCCUGAGUCACCCCAGCCCUAACACGCAGACGGGACCCUUCAGUGGACUGGAGGCCUUCAGAGACGUGAGAGCUGAGGACACAUACUUUGACCGUGACGUGGAGAAGGCGUUCAUGAAGGCCAGCUCAGACAUGUUUGAGAAGAAGACCAAGAGCUCGCUGCUAAUCUCCAACCAGAACGGAAACAUGUACACGCCGUCAGUGUAUGGCUGCCUCGCCUCGCUCAUCGCUCAAUCGACUCCCUCUCAGAUUGCUGGUCAAAGGAUCGGCGUUUUCUCCUACGGCUCAGGAUUCGCUGCUACGCUUUAUUCCCUCAGAGUGACUCAGGACCACACGCCAGGAUCCAGUCUGGAUAAACUGGUGUCAUCGCUUAGUGAUCUCCAGCUCAGACUGGACUCUAGGACUAAGGUGUCCCCCGCCGUCUUCUCUGAGAACAUGAAGCUGAGGGAGGAGACUCAUCACCUGGCCAGUUACCUCCCUCGGGGCUCAGCAGACGAACUGUUUCCUGGGACGUGGUACCUGACCAGAGUGGACGACAAACACCGCAGAGAGUACGCACGCCAACCUCUGACCCUGGAGUUACCUGCAGAGCCUGACCUGGUCCGCUCCAACAACACGGCCGAGCACAUCCCCAGUCCAGCCAAGAAGAUGCCUCGUAUCCCAGCAGCCCCUGCAGGUCCUGAGGCUGCCGUCAGCAACUGAGCGCGCUCAGACGAGCUCUGAGAGGAGACAGUAGAGACUAGAGACUGUAGAGCUCAGAGGAUAGAGGACAGGAGGACGAAUGGAGUGCAGAGAGGAGGAUCAACCAGUUAGAGUGCAUAGUGGAGCUACUGGAUCAUCAUAGACUGCAUCCUGAAGGGGGCAGACACAGGAUCACCACAGACCACAUCAUGAAGAGCCUGGAGUCUCAGGAUCAUCACAGUUUAGACUGGAUCAGAAUCAUAGACCGCAUCAUGGAGGGGGCGGAGCCAUAGGAGGGACAGCCCCACCCUCAGACUCUCUGAUCCUCCUGGGUUUCUGGUUUUAUUUUAGUCCAUUUUAUUUUCUGUUUGUCUUUUUUAUGUCGGUGCUGAUGUCACAGAUGUGGGCGGGGCUUGCCCAGAUGUGGGCAGGGCCUAGAGCGUUGAUGUUUUCUGCUGUGAGCCUUCCAGGAAGAGGAAGUGAAUGAUUUUUAACGCAGAUUCAGACAGCAGAGAUGCUCUGUAGGGUCAUGAAACAAAACAUCCGACUAAUCUCAGCUGUUCCUGCUGCUGUAAGAUGAACUCUGGUCAUUUUUACUCAACAAUCGGUCUAUGAUCGGUCUGUCAGAGACUGUUUUUGUUAAAUCUAAAGGAAGUGCAGUAGUUUGUCAUGUUUGGCUUUUAAAGGGUAGUUCUGAUCGUAGGGAUGUUCCUAGGUAAUGAGUUUAAAUCCAAUUAAACACUAAUUUAGAUGGUUCAGUCAGAAAGUCUAAAGCAAAGAGAAAACUCAGGAAAUCAUCAGAAAUGAUGAUUUAUCUCAGACAGUUCUCAGUGCUGGAGGAUUAGCAGUUCUAUGUGAGUCCAAUCUGAUCCAGACUAUGGUUUUGUCUCAGUCUAACAGAUCGGAGUAGAGCUGACCCCUGUUCAUGUUAAAGAGCAGCAGGACAGGACUAGGUAACCAGAGCUACAGCGACCACCAGUGUAAGACACCAGUAUUACAGCUAAGAUGGCGCGUUUGACUGGUCUAGAACCUUCUCUCCAUCAGAUCAGAGACAUUCAAAGACAGUAGGAGGGUUUUUAAAGUGAGCUUUGGUACGGUGGUCAGGCUGAGUCUCUAAAACUUUCUCUCCAUCUUAAAGACGAAUCCUUAAAUCAGGGGAUGACGAGGAUAAACCUCCCAGUAAAGAACUGUAAAAAUCUUGUUUGAAUCUAAAAUGGUCCAGUAUUCUAAAACCAUUAUUAUCUUCCCAUGAUGCAUCAGGGCGCUGAGGUGUGCUUUUCUCUGUGAGCUCCGUCAAGAGUUUUAUUCAGACAUGUUGGAUCAGACUGCAUCAGUCUAAUAAACAGACGUGUUUAAGCCUGUGUUUGAUACCUGUGUGCCCGCAGAGCGCCACCUGUCUGCCAGGUGUUUUUAUGAGCGGAGCAUUUGAGCUCCUCUGUCUGAGGGUUUUUCUACUGUCUAAACAUUUAUUUCAGAUUAGUUUCUAGCUCAGAUCUGUGAGUGGGGCGGUAAAAUCCAGCCAGCUGUCGUUGACAGAUUGAUUUUAGGGUUUCUUGCCUUUAAAUCAGAGUUCUGAGAGAAAGAGGGAGGAGAGAGAGGGAAUGACAUGCUGUGAAAGAGCCACAGGCCAUCAUUAACCUGGGCUAGCCACCCUGACUACUAACCUGCAGUUAUUCCUAACUCUAAGAAAAGCUAACCCAUCUGGAGUAAUGAAACAUCAAUUUAAAUUAUUUUCAUUAACAAAAUUCCAACAUACUGACAACAGAUCUACGUAUGAACCAUCCAUUAUUACGUCAGAGUGUUAGGGUCACUCUAGGAAAAUAAUGAAGAGAAUCUGUUAACUUUCAAGAUAAAAAAUCACUAAUAAUAUGUAAAAAUAAUAUAUAUUCAUAUUUUUUCUAAUUGAAAUGAGUCAAUCAUUUAAAACCACUUCAGUACACAUAACAAAUAUUAAUAUUUUAGGAUUUUAACCCUUGUAAGGCCAGGAUGUUUACACAAUUCCACUGUUUAAUAGAACAAAACACACCAUUAUCCAACAUUGAUAGCGACACACUUAUUUCAGUAUCAAGGCGAUAAAAAUGUGAAAGUAGCGCCAUCUGGUGGACAAAUAUAGAAAUUGAAAAUUGAAAGCUAGUAGUCCAACAUGAAGUCUUAACAUAAAGGAAUGCAUUUGUUCAUGUUUAGAUAACUGUGGGAUCUAAAAUGUCAUUAUCAAUGAGACAUUUUUGGUCCUGAGGGGUGAAUGUGUCGGUUUUUGUGUAGCUUAGCCAUUUCAGGCUAAUUUAAGGAACUGAGACUACAAUUCUAAAAUGUUUUAAAAAUGAAAAUCUUCUGGCAAUUCUGAGCUUUAUUCAUUCAACACAGCUAACACCACUUGAAAAUAAGAACUGGAUGUCCCGAGGAUCUCUGAAGGGUAAUACUGGAGUAAAAUCUGAGAUAUCACCCAGCUGUGGGUCGUUUAUUAUUCUACUUAUUAAAAUAAAGUAGCUGCCAUACAAGGCCCACUUUAGGGUCCUAACCCACCUGUUGAGAACCCUUGCUUCCUGCUCUCUUCUGUUCUCCAGAGUUAAUUCUGUCGGCCAUCUGAUCAGCUGAUCAGCUGACCGCUGGUGUUUCAGCCUCUAAGGGCUUCAGCUCAGCCUGGCUCCUGGCGACCUCUAGUUCCAGACCCUACCUGACCACCGCUGCUCCCUCUCCUCCUCUGGUCUGCUUUCACAUCAGCCACAUGGUUCUGUACCUGAGCACACCUGUGAAGGUACACAGUCUGAUCCAGCAGGUGGAGGUGCACGGUUUGAGAAUCCACCAAGAAGGUGAGAAGGGACCACAUUAGAUUCUGCUCCAUGUGGACUUUAGAGUCCAUCCUGGACUGAUUUUAGAGACUCUUCUACAUCUACAGGUGAGAGGAAGACCUGGACCCUGCAGAGAGGAAACAAUGGUACCCAAGUACAGCACGCUUCUGUUUACACUAAUAAAGAUGAUCCGGUCUUUGGGGUCCAGGCCCCAGGUCCCUGAUGUGACACCAGGACUGUUUAUUUAAAGUGUUGAGUAAAACGCCGUCUCUGAUGGAUCAGAUGAGUGUGGGCAGCUGAGGAUGUUUGACCUUCUUAACGCCUUAUGAUAAAUAAAUAAAUAAAUGUAUGAGCUGUUAAACAGUUCCUCAGAGUGUACAGAUAUUUACACCUCUUUAUUUUUACGCAGCCCUACAUGUUUGAAUAAAGAACAAACUGUCAGAUAUUUAUGCUGUAGACGGAGGAAAUACAGAUGUACAGAUGUAGAUUCACAAUAAAC